AUGUCGCGUCCUUUCCCCUAUACCUACAUCUCGUGCCCGUGUGCGGAUACGCCCAUCCCUGAUCCGUCCAGAAAAAGGAGAUCGCGCGAAUCACCGCAGAAGGGCAAGGCAGAGCAAACAGCUCCAUUAAGAGCUGAGGAUAGCGACGACGAGGAACAGACAUUCGAUCCCCGAUCCCCACGCUCCAACUUCUCCCUGUACCCCCCGGAACAGCUACUCUACUGUGAAGAUUGCCAUCAGAUCAAAUGCCCACGAUGCAUUACGGAAGAGACUAGCUCUUCUGCUAUUAGAUGUGCUAGGAAUUGCUUCAAUUGCCCUGCAUGCACUGCGCCCCUUGCGGUCACCACUCUCGAGAAUGUCACAGGAGGUGAAAGCCAGCAGGGGCCCUGGGUGCUGUCCUGUGCAUACUGCAUGUGGACAACCUUGGAUAUCGGCAUCAAAUUCGAUAAACCUACGAACAUCCGUACCCAGCUUUCAAAAAUGACGGACCCUUCUUCCAGGGGGAGACAAAUGUCCAAAACCGUGGGCGAGCUCAAGUCCCCGCUGUCCAUAUACUCCUCGGUCGAUGACCAAUUCCCGACACCUGAGGAGAGCCGAGACGGUCAAUCUACGACAUCUAACGAGCAGCCCGCGGCUCCUCUGAAUUUCGAUGCGAGAUUUUCUGCACUCAAGGCAUUCUACAAAGAUCAGAUAGCCGCAACGUCCACAUCACCCGCAGACCCCUUUGGGGCCGAUUUCGGACCCGGGUUCGCCUCCCCUGGUGCUCUGAACCGUAUCAUGUCGCUUUAUGCAGCGUCGUCAAGACUGAAUAAUCUUUAUGGAGCCAACAAGAAACCUAAGUCGAAGCCUCCAGUCAUGAGAGAAGCUCUGACCACCAGCGAGGGCCUCAAGGUGCCCGCUCCUGAUACAGAAGAAACCAUCAUCGAGCGGAUGGCCUCAGAAGAUUGUGGCUGGGACGGCGUCGCGUCGAUUGAGCAACGCAUGUUCCAGUCCCCCGAUGCUCGAUUUGUGGAGGACCUUCUGCCUCUGCCAGUGCUACUCCGCACUAAACGCUCAAAGCGCUGCAAAUCAUGCAAGCAUAUCCUCGUCAAGCCCGAAUUCAAGCCGCAGUCGACCCGAUUCCGGAUCCGACUUAUCGCCCUCAGCUACAUACCUCUUCCGACGCUCAAGCCCCUUCCUCUAGGACCAGCGACAGGCCUUCCAUCAACCUCAUCCACAACCUCACUUGGAGGCCCCAACCUCGACGCCCUCUCCCCACUGAAGCCAAUACAGCUCCUUCUCACGCUCAAAAACCACAUGUUCGACCCCGUCCGGGUGACGCUUGCCACGCCGUCGGUAACACCAGGCCGAGUCGCCACCAAAGUCACCAUCCUCUGCCCGCAAUUCGACAUCGGAGCCAACAGCGAUGUCUGGGACGAAGCCCUGCAGGGCACGGCGGCGGGAGACCAGCGCUCGUCUCGCUCCGGGGGAUUCAACCUCGGAUCCGAGAAAGUCGCCGAGGCAGGCAAGGUCUGGGACAAGGGACGGAACUGGACGACCGUCGUGCUGGAGGUUGUGCCAGGGACGUUACCAGGGGGUACCACGGGAGCCAGAAAACAGCGAGCCCACGAUGUCGACAGCGACGACAGUGAUGAUCAGAACAGCGACAGUGAUAACGACGAGAAUAAUGGCAAGCCCGCUACGAAACUGGAUUGGAGCGGGAAAGCCUCGGAUCCCAGGAACCAGCUGCAGCCAGACGAGGACGUCCUCGAGAUCCCCGUGUUUGUGCGCAUGGAAUGGGACUCGGAGAACCAGAUGGAGCAGUCCGUGAGCAAGUCGCAGGGCUCUGACACUGUCAAGCGGGAGUUGGCAUAUUGGAUGGUGUUGGGGGUGGGGAGGAUUACUGGCGAUUUUGCGCCGUAG